AUGGCUGACCCCUCUCCCCCGGGCACCGCCAACGACCCCGUGAAAGAAACCCACCGCGAAGAGACUCUCGCCCCCAAAAAGCCCGGUCUCCUCGGCGCCGCCAAACGGCCUUCCUCCGCAACCACGGCCGCAGCAAGCUUCACCGUCGGUGGCGCCGUUGCACCCGCCACCAAUGGAUCACGCCGCUCCGCAACCGGCUCCACAACCGGCCUUGGGAAGCCUCUGAGGCCAGCCAGCUCGUCAAGCACUGCAGGGACCCCCCCGGGCUCCAAGAGGGUCUCCUCGGCAGCCGGUGGUGCACCAGCAACAACUACAGGAACCAAGACAACCCCAACCGUGAGAAGGACUGUCACGACCCCCGGAACACCCGAGAGGAGAAGCACUUCCAGCACCGGCGGGCCUACAAGCCCUGAGCGGAGGGGUUCAAGCCUUUCCGGAGUCGUUAGGAAGCCGGCUGCCCUCCCUGCAGGGCUGAGCGCACACAGGUCCCGCGGGUCACUCAGUACCCCCAGCGUCACUGGCCGCAGCUCAGUCAGCAGUCUCCGCGAGGCCGCGACCAGCCCUAGGCCACCCAGCGCGAAUGGCAGACCCGAGAGCUCGGCCGGUGCAAGACCACCUUCGGUAAGGAAGUCGGCCACCGCCAACACAAUCGCCGGAAAGCUUGUUUCCGGCGCCGCUAACCUGCGGGCGAGACCAAGUUCCUCGGGUCUCAGCUCCACUGCAUUGGCUGAAAAGGAGAAGGAACUCGAGACGCUCCGGGCAAAGGUUGCCGAGCUGGAAGCGCAGAACAGGAACAUUGUUGAGGAGCUUGUCAAGGCAAAGGAAGAGAGCGAGGCUGUAUCACCCGAGAAGACGGCCGAAGCUGCGGCUGCCCUUGCGGAGCUGGAUGCGGCGACGGAGAAGCUGACUAAGGCUCUUGAAGAGGUGGAUGAGCUGCGAGCGAGGAUUGUAAACCUUGAGGAGACGAUUGCACAGCUUAGGGCAGAGAGCACUACUGCUCAGGAAAAUAGCGCUAAGCUUGCGUCGGCGAUGCAGUUGGAGGCUGACACUGUCAAGAACGCCUCCGAAGCCAUUGGCGUCAAGCACAAGGAGGAGAUUCAAUCCCUGCAUCACAAGUUUGAGGUCAAAGAGACCGAGCUCCUUCAGAAGAUCGGCGGUCUUGAAAAGACCCUUGAAGGCUUGAAGAGUGAGCAUGCUGAAGAGGUUACCAAACUCACCAAGCAGGUCGAAGAGGCCGUUGAAUCUGUGAAAUCAAAGGCAGCCUCCGAAAGUGGUGAUCUUCAGCAAGCUCUUGAUGCCCAGAAGGAAGCCCACACCAAAGCUCUUGAGGCUCUUACAAUUGCUCUUGCAGCUGAGAAGGCCGCUUCCGCACAGGGCGCGGCAGACUCCGAGAGCAUCAUGAGGAAGCACAAUGAGGAGCUCGCGGCUUUGAAGAAGAGCCUCGAGGAAUCAGACGAUGCCUUCAUGCAGGCUCAGGAGAAGGCCAACGAGGCACUCGAAGCCCGCGAACGCGAGGUUGAUGGCCUUAACAGCGUCGUCAAGGCUCUUCAGGGCGAAAUCGAGAAGCUUGCAAGUGAUAAGGCGACCGAGCUGCAGGAGAAGAUCAAGGAGCUUAACGAGCAACAUGAAGCCCGCAUCAAGGAAGCUCACGCUAAGGCUGAGAAGAUUGCCGAGGAGGCGAACGCCAAGAUCGAGGCUCUGACUAAGGAGCAUCAGGCACAGCUUGAAGCCGGUUCCGGCGCUCUAGCUGCCCAGCUUUCUGAGGCCAAGACUGCCGCUGAGGCCAGGGAGCAGGAGCUUCUGGAGCAGAUUGAAGCCGCUCAGCAGGAGUCUGCUGAAGCCAUCGAGGCCGCCCAGCAGACUGAAAAGGAACUCCUCGAAAAGGUCGAGGCUGCUCAAAAGCAAUCCGCCGAAGCCAUUGAGGCUGCCGAGAGGAAUGAAAAGGGGCUUCUCGAGAAGAUUGAGAUCGCUCAGAAGGAAUCUGCUGUAGCAAUCGAGGCAGCUCAGACGGAAGCAGCAGAGAAGGUCGAAAUCGUCAAGAAGGAGAGCGAGAACCUGAAGAAAGAGUAUGAGGAGAAGCUUGUAGAGCUCCAGAACCAGAUUACCGGGUCCGCAGACGAGAAAGAUAAGGAGUGGCAGAGCAAGAUUGAGCAGCUCAAGAGCGUUCAUGAAGAGCAAAUCAAUGCGCUUACAGUCAAGCUUGAGGCGUCUCAGAAGGAAACCGAAGAGUUGUUGGCAACCGUCGAGACAGUUAAGCAGGAGGCCAACCAACGCCUCGAAGCGGAAAUCGAGAGGGGCCAAUCUGAGUCCAAUAUCUUGAAGAAGACCCUCGACACAUUGAACAGCGACCUCACGGACAAGGAAGAACAGCUCGCAAAGUUCAAGACCGAUCUUGAAAAGAACGUCGAGAACCUGGCUGCAAAGGCCGCGGAAAUCGCCGAGCUCCAAGAGAAGCAUGUCGCUACUAUUGAAUCUCUUAACGCCGAGCAUGCAACUGAAAUCGACACUCUUAAGAAGUCGUACGCUGCUGGGAGUGAGGAGAAAUAUGCUACUCUUAAUGCCAAGUAUGAUGAACUAGUCAAGGAACACGCAGCCGCGACCGAGGACCACCAGACCGAGCUGGAGACUAUGAUUGCGGAGAACAAAACCGAGAUCGAGAGGCUUACGGAGGAGCUCAAGAAUUCCGAAGAGGAGUCGCUUAUACAACUUGAGGAGAGCCACGCCGAAGUUGUCGCCCACCUCGAGGGGGAGAUUGCUGAUCUGGAGAAGGCAAAGUCAGAGCUCCAGGCUGCUCUUGAGGCCGCGCCGGCUCAGGAUGAUCUCGAGAAGCUCAAGGCUGAGUUUGCCGAGGAGAAGGGAGAGUCUGUGGAGCAAAUCCAGAAGCUUAAGGAAUCUCUCGACGCUCAAAUCACAGCGAAGGUGGCCCUGGAAGAGGACCUCGAGAAGUCAAAGGCCGAUAAAGAGGAACUCGCCAAACAGCUCGCCAGCAUCCAGGAGGAUAUUGACGCAUUUAAGGCUGGCAAGGAGGCUCUCCAAACUAAUGCCGAUGACUUGCAGUCUCAACUCAAGGAGCUUACCGAGAGGUCCACCGCUGAUGUCGAAUCGUUCAAGAAGCAGAUCGAAGAGAUGCACGAGCGUGCCAACAAUGAUGCCACAACUCUUGAGCAAAUCUACACUGCACAGAUCAACGACCUUGAGUCUAGGGUAAGUAGUUUGAAGGAGAAGCUUGCUGCCGCUGAGGCAGGAAACAAGGAUGUCGGUUCAAGUCUCCAGGAGCUCGAGAAUGCCAAGAAAGAGAAGGAAGCGGCAUUUGCUCAAGCUGUCAAGGAGCUUGAAGGGAAGGAGGCGGUUAUUGCCGCCAUUGAGAAGGAGUUGGAAGCCCUUAAGGCCGAGAAGGAGGAUGCCGUUAACGCUGCUAAUGCUGAAAAGGAGGCUAUUAAACUAGAUUCAGUUGCCGCUCUUGAGGCCGUUGAGAAGAAGCUUGAGUCAACCAAGACUGAGCUCGAAACUGCUUUGGCUGAUGUUGCUAAGGAAAUGGUUUCCCUCCAGGCUAUUGUUCAGGAGAAGGAGACCGCUCUCGAGAGUGUUGCUAGGCAUAACGCAGAACUUGAUCUCGCCCUUGAAACCGCUACUAAGCAGAAUCUUGAGCUUAAAGGUGACCUCCAGACCUUCAACGAGAAGCUUGCACUCGCAGCUGAGGACAAGGAAGCCGCUCUUGCAAAGGCUCUCAAGGAGGCACAGGAGAAGGCAGCUGCUCUUGAAAAGGCCGAGGAACUUGAGAUGUCAUUGAAGGAGAAAUUGGCCCUUGCCGAAGCUCUUGUAAGCGAGAAGGAAGCCGCCAUUGUCAACAUCACCAAGGAAGCUACCGCCCGGCGCAGCGUUCUUGAAGCCGAACUCGCUGAGAAGGAACUUGCAUUGAAGUCGAAGGAAGAGGUGAGCACAGAAGAUGAACCCGAUCUGAUGGAAGACGAAUCGGGCGCCGAGGAUAGCGCCGAAGAAUAUAUGGAAGUUAAGCAUAUCUCUGUUACAGGAAUUGUCAGCCACCCACCUCCCCGCUGA